CAAAACUUCAGGUUGUGAUUUUCUGUCGUCGCCUCAAGGAAUCCCCUUCUAUCACGACUUCUCUCGCCGUGAUUCUGCCUGGAGCAGACGACUCAACUUUCCGUGAACCGAGCGCGCCACUUCCCGCUCCUACUCUGAGCCCGUCAAACCCCCCAGCUGCGCCUUCCGCGAUUCUCUCUCCGACACAAAAUUUGCCAUCCGCGCUAUUUUGUCUCUUCCCCUCCGACACGACCGCUUUCCCUCUCAUCACCACAAUCUCGCCGUUGCAUCCUCUUCAACCACCCUCACUUUCCCCUCACUUCCUCAAUCAACUUUCAUAAUGGCCGCUGUUGCUGAGAACGGUCACGCGCCCGUGGCUGACGAGAACGCCGCCCCCGUUGCUGCCGCCGUCGAACAGAAGGAACAGACCGAGAAGACAAAUGGAGACUCUGUCACAGUAUUCCACGACCCCGAAAACUUCACUGUGAAGCAUCCUUUGAUGCAUGAGUGGACUCUGUGGUUCACCAAGCCCCCUAGCGGCAAGGGCGAUAACUGGAACGAUCUGUUGAAGGAAGUUGUGACUUUCAACUCUGUUGAGGAAUUCUGGGGUAUCUACAACAACAUUUCGCCGACAUCCGAGUUGGGCCUCAAAGCCGACUACCAUCUCUUCAAGAAGGGCGUUCGUCCCGAGUGGGAAGACCCCCAGAACAAGCACGGAGGCAAGUGGUCAUACUCUUUCAAGGACAAGCGCUCCGUGCCCAUCGACGACCUGUGGCUCCACGCACAACUGGCCGCCAUCGGCGAGACUCUCGAGAACGAUGGUGACAACGAGGUUAUGGGUGUUGUUGUGAACGUACGCAAGGGCUUCUACCGUGUUGGUCUGUGGACCCGGACUGUUGGCAAGAGUAUCCCCGGAGACAAGAACGGUCGCACACCCGCACAGGGCAAGGAGAUCCUUGAGAACAUUGGUCGGCGGUUCAAGGAAGUCCUUCGUCUCAAGGAGGCUGAUGCCGUUGAGUUCUCGGGUCACACGGACAGCGCACACAGCGGCAGCACGAGAGCCAAGGCCAAGUACACUGUCUAAGGUAUAUGGCCUGUGUGUGCAACUCAACUCCAAUUACGAGGUAUUCAUUGCGGAUCUGUUUCUUUGCUACGGAAUAAUGGGAAGUCUUUGUGACGAUGGUUGAUAACGAAUCCGAAUGGACCGGCAUGAGGAAAUGCGCGUCCGACUUGCUAGCAUUUGCAGUUACAGUGGUGGUUCGGUCAUAGGCACUGAUGGCAUGCAUCUUUCCCUCAGUACGUAUUUCUGACGAGGUUUAUACCAUAUUUUAUCGAGUUAUAGCUUUACGCCUCUAGUGGCUCACAAAAUUACGAAAAACACUUUUAAACAUCUUA